CUCAUCAUAUCCCUUACAAAUUAUUAACACACACACUAGCUAUAUGACGACCAACAAUGAGCGACAAUCAGCUGCGGUGGCCGUGAUCGCGGUGCCGCUGCCUGCACAAGGCCACCUGAACCAGAUGCUGCAGCUGUCGUCCCUCAUCUCCUCCCACGGCGUCCCCGUCUACUACGCCGGCUCCGCCCUCCACAACCGCCAAGCUCGAUCCCGCAUCAACGCCCUAAACCCUCAAGAAGUGGCCAGAAUCAACUUCCACGACUUCCCCAUUCCACCCUUCCUCUCUCCUCCACCCAACCCCAACUCCACCAACAAAUUCCCCACGCAGCUGGCGCCCGCCACGGAGGCCACGCUCAGCCUCCGCGGCCCCUUCGCUGCCUACCUCGAGCAAAUGGCCCACAAGUUCACGAGGGUCGUCGUCAUCCACGACCCUCUCAUGUCGUACGUGGUCCAAGACGUUGCCGAGAUUCCAAACGCCGAAUCCUACCGAUUCGUCUGCAUCUCUGCUUUCUCUCACAUCUCCUUCAUCUGCGGAGCCUUAGGGUUACCCUUCCCUGUCCCACACCCCAAAGAGCUGCCCCCUUACGAGGGAUGGACGUCCGAAACGGCCCCCAAAUUCUUCGCCAUACAAGCAAAGCCGUCCGAAAUUAGGUCUGGGAAUAUCUUCAAUACAUCCAGAUUGAUCGAAGGGCCUUACAUGGAGGUUAUAGAGAGAGAGGAGCUCAAAAAGGGCAGGCCCAGUUGGGCAAUCGGACCAAUCCUUCCAACUUCAUCGCGUUCCAACGACAGCCAUGAAUGCUUGGAGUGGCUCGAUAAGCAGGAGGAGAAAUCAGUGAUCUACGUUUCUUUCGGCACCACGGUUUCUUUAUCCGACAAGGAGAUUAAUGAGCUCGCUCACGGGCUAGAGCGGAGCAGGGUGAAGUUCCUUUGGGUGCUGAGGGACGCCGAUAAAGGCGACGUGUUCGACGGGGAUGUGAGAAGAGCCGAGCUGCCGGAAGGGUUUGGAGAGAAUGGAAUGGUAGUGAGAGAAUGGGCGCCGCAGCCGCAGAUCUUGGGGCACCCGUCCAUCGGGGGGUUCAUGACCCACUGUGGAUGGAAUUCUUGCGUCGAGAGUGUCACCGCGGGAGUGCCGAUGGCGGCGUGGCCUAUGCAUUCCGACCAGCCCAGAAACGCCGCGUUGGUUGCGGAUAUUUUGAAAACGGGGAUUGUGGUGAGGGAGUGGAAAGACAGAUUUGAAUUAGUCAAAGCGUCAAGGAUUGAGAAUGUUGUGAGAAGAUUAAUGGCUUCGGAAGAAGGGAAGGAGAUGAGGAAGACUGCGGAGGAGCUGAGCGCCGCCGUAAGGCGGGCCACGGACCUCGGCGGCGCUUCGCGGAUUGAGUUGGACUCCUUCAUUGCCCAUAUCACUAGAUAGGCCAAAUGGUUUCUUUAUUUCCAACGCAGAAUUCGUAUCAUGUAGUUAAGCUUUAUCUUAUAUUUUCUUGAUCGUCUAGAGAAUUUCAGGUUUUCUAUUGGUCUUUUAGGCAAGCUAUAUCAGCUACAGUGAUUUUUUUUUUUUAAUUAUUAAAAUUGAAUGUUUUCACUAUAUUUUUAAUAUUAGUCCUCUGCUCCCA